CACGGCAACAAGCGUGAGAUAUUGAACGCGGAAAAAAGACAUAUCAAUGAUUGUUUAAGAAAAUAAAAUAAGAAAAAUUAAUUUAAGAAAAAGGAAAAAGAUUUUUGUGUAUGAGAAAUGUUUACUAAUUGGCUAACUGGCACAACGGGAAGUUCCGCCUCAACUUCAACGGGUACAAAUCGUUCACAUGAAUCUACAACGACGCUUAAUGCAAAUGGACUGUCGUCUUUGGUCGGUGUAAAUAGUUUAACAAAUUUAAACUCCAAUCUUAUGUCAACUCCUCCCGAUGUUGUUCUAGAAGUGGGACCCGGUCCCUCGACUAUGCGAUUUAUGGCCCAUAGCAUUGUAUUGGGUAUGCACAGCGGUUAUUUGCGCUCGGCCAUAAGAUUGGAUGAACGGUCUACGGCAACUCAUCAUCACCCGCAUCAUCCCACACAGCAUGGAGCUGAUUUUGUGGUGUAUUUGAGUAAUGUAACACCCGAUCAAUUUGCACCGCUGUUAUCCUACAUGUACACGGGAUAUUUGGAUUUAAAUGUGGAAAAUAUAUUUGGAGUUUUAUUGGCAACACAUGUUUUACAUAUGCCCAGAGCUUUGGAGAUCUGUAGAUCAUAUUUGGCACGUGCCCAGGCAGAGGGAUAUUUUGGCACCAAUAAUACUGCUCUCGCCACAAAUUCACUCAACAAUAGCAGCCAUCAAAAUACUAGCAAAAUUAUACGUCCAAUUGCCAGUAAACCGCAAGUGUCCAAUUUUGGAUUUUUACCCUUAGCCCAUUCACUGCAGACUACUACUUUAACCCCCGCACCUUUGGUAAAUCGAACAACGGCAACUGUUACCAACAAUGUGCCUGUGUCAACGCUGACCAGGGCCCAUGACAUGGAAUCGAAUAAGGAUGAAGAAGAUGAUAUAGAUGUUGAUGAAUGUGACAAACAGUCGAAUCCAGUUAUAAUCGCUGGAUAUCCCAACACCAACCAAGAGGAGGAUGAUGAAGAUGUUGAGGUCUUCAUAGACACCACUUCGGAAGAUGCUGAAAUUGUAAUUGAAACGACAGAGGUCAAGAAAGUGGCUUUCAAAAAAUCAAAUUCUGAGGCAAACCACCAUAAUAAGCACAACAAAGAAUCCAAUACCACGCUUAGCAAAUCAAGACAUGAGAAAGCCCACAAAAAAUCCCAUAGAUCAGAUAAACGUCGAAAAGCUGGGGCAACGUCAUCAUCGGGUCUGCAAGUGGCCAAAGCACCCAUACCAGCUUCUCAGCUGGAUAAUGCCGAGGCCAACAAGGUUAUCAUUGAUGUGGCCAGUUGUGAUGGGCCAGUGCGCUUUAAACGCAUACUAAAUACCGCCUAUGGCCACAAACCAGAAUCAUGCACUUCAAUGGCGGCGGCAAGUCAUCUAAGUGGUGCUGUGGCUGGCCAGGAACGUUCUUUGCAGAGUGUAUCCCUGUCGUUUCACCAGCAAAUGGCCAAGACCAUCAGUCAACAGCAACAUCUGCACAAUGCUGAAGAAUCGGAAAAUAGUGAAACAUCAAAUGGCAGCAUUGGCGGCAUGGGGGCUAACAACAACAGCAACACCCUAGGAGCAGGCGGCAUGACCGGCAGUAAAGCUAGCCGCAAAACUCAAAAUGAAAUUUUCGUAUGUGUAUAUUGCAAACAUACUUUCAAAUCGCAAUAUUGUUAUCAGAAACAUGCCAAACGUCAUUUAAAUCCUCUAACCUUGCAAGCCACUUGCGUUCCUUCAGCCGAAAAGCGGCCAACAGCCAAUGAGGAAACCAAAAACCCAACAACGUCGGCAACAGACCCCUCACAUACCAUCAAGGGACCAAAUUUACAAAAUAUUCGCCCAUUUGUGGUAAGAAAUUCAGCAUCCACAUCCAGCCACAGUCAGCCACAAAUGAAUCAAGGCUGCUCAACACUAAAUGCAACCUCCAGUGAGUUUCUAAGGCGUGAGGUACGACCCUUGGAUAUGAACGUGCAAUACUAUCCCUGUAAGACAUGUGGCUGUAAAUUUCCCAGUUAUUACUUUGUGCACAAACAUCGUAAAAUGUGUCAUGCCGAUGAGGAGGCGGCAGCAUCCCAGCAGACUUCUAAUAACAAUGCAACGGGAGGUGUUGCUACAACCACCAACACUACUACUUUGCCCGUGGCUGGUGCAACUGUUGCCACCAACCAAGUCGCUGCAAAUAACCCCACAGAAGAAGAUGAACUGCCAAGUAAUGCAAAAAAUGUAGUUUGAAAUGAAGACUUGCCUCAAAGUCUAUAAAUAACCAAAUCCCUUGGUGCUGCACACAAAAGGGGAAAACCACACAAAAACCAAAUGAAAAAGAAACACACAUAUCGAGCUUUAGCAUUUAAUGUUACCAAACUAAUCUAUUUUAACUCUAAGAAACGCACGAAUUUAGUUAAAUCAAUAAAUAUGAAACAUCAUACGCAAACAAAGUGAAUGUCUCUCAAUGUUAUUUUUAAGCGAAUUAAACAUUUUGUUCUAUACUGCAAUCGAGAAACGUCGAUAUUAUGGAGUGCAACAUAAAAAAAUUGUGUAA